AUGGACCCCGAGGCACUGUCUCCGAUGGUGACCUUUGCGCUGAGUCCUGCUGCCCCCAUUCUGGCGCCGCGAGUUGGCUCCCUGGCCAUUGCUGGCCGGAAGCCCUUGACCACGCCGCACUAUGUCCCGCUGUCGUCGCGGGGAACCAUGCCGCAUAUAUCGCACGAUGUACUGCGCGACCACACUGCGCUGAACAGUAUCUAUGUCGGCCUAGAAGACUUCGUUGAAAAGAAACAUAAAUCCCCGGUGUACAACACACCCGUCACAUCAGCGCAGGAGUCACCGUUGAAGAAAUUCAUAUCCAUGUCGCAGGACAUGCCGCUCAUCCUCGGUCCGCGCAGGUUCCCUCCCAUCCCCUGUCCGCCAACCAACACCGACACCUCAAUCGCCGUCCUAACGACCAACGGGUUCGGCCAACUCUCCGCGCAGGAAUAUCUGGAUGCCGUGCAGCAGCUACGACCGGAUGUUGCAAUUGGACUAUCUGAUAUUGUUCUCAACAAACCUCCCGGCGUGAAGAGGCGCGGGAAGAUGGUAGAUCGUACGCACGCGUUUACGCGCGAUGCGCUGGAGCGAUUAUGUAACCGGGAAGACAAGUCGAGAGCUGCGUAUUUUGCGCCAGUUCUCCCGCUGGAGAAUGCACAGCAGUCUCUUUAUCUAGAUGAUCUGGCCAGUGAGUUCCGCGAGAACAUUUCGGGACUGGCUCUGUACGAGCCGGCCUCGCUGCCCUUUAUUCCAGAAUCCUUGGGUGAUCUGCCUCGGCUACUAUUCAGUGAACCGUCCAGUCCGCACGAGGUCCUACACGGGAUCUCCCUCGGCGCUGAUCUUCUUACCAUCCCCUUCAUCGUUUGGGCAUCUGACUCCGGAAUUGCAUUGGACUUCGUCUUCCCGGCCCCGUCGGCUGGACAAUCCGGCCCGCUGCCCAUGGGAAUUGAUCUCUGGUCCUCCGACUAUACAAUCGACACAUCUCCGCUGCGCGAGGGAUGUGAAUGCUUCACGUGCCGGAACCACCACCGCGCCUACAUUCACCAUUUGCUAACUGCAAAAGAAAUGACUGCAUGGGUGCUUCUCCAGUUGCACAAUCACACAGUCAUGGAUGCUUUUUUCGCCGGCGUUCGGGACAGUAUCCAGCGUGGCUCGUUCGAAGAGAACGUCGCUGCAUUCAGUCGUGCCUAUGAACCCUCAUUGCCGGAGCGCACGGGCGAGGGUCCUAGAGUACGAGGCCACCAUCUCCCCGCCGCGCAACAAAAUCAACCCCGACGCAUGCCCCGCAUGUAUGGCCGGCUGGACGAUGCAGCGCAGAAAUUCGCCGACUCCCAGUCUUCCUCUGUUGUUACACCGGAUACGGAUGCGGAGGGGCUGGAGAGGCAUGGCUUUGCCGAGAAGAUAUAA